AUGGCCAGGCCCGGUGGGGCGCGGGAGGCGCCCUCCGCACCUUCUCGGUGGCGUCUCCCUGACCGGACAGGAGGACGCACGCGGGACACAGUACUUCCUGAGGUCGUCCUCCCCACGGCCUGGCGGGCCCCCGCGCCGGUGCGAAGCAGGAUCUCCCGUCGCCGCGGUCGGGGAUUAGCGCGCUCUUGGCCGCGCGGCAGGAUUAGCCCGCGUGGACCCGGCGCCCGGCCCGGGGAUUAUGGCGCACUCCCCCCGACGUAUAUAUUCCCGCGGCGGCAGCGGCGGCGGUGGCGGGUGCGGGCGGGCAUGGCGGCCGCCAGGGGUGCGGCGAGCCGCGGGGGCCCCGGGCGGCCCUGCCCCUUCUCCAUCGAGCACAUUCUCUCUAGCCUGCCGGAGCGGAGCUCCCCCGCCCUGGCCGCCCGCCCGCCGCAGCCUGCAGACCGCCAGAGCCCCGCAGAGCCGGGGAAACCCGUGGCACCCAAGGCACCCUGCACCUGCUGCUGCUGCUGUGGCCCCCGCGCGGCGCCCGGCGGGCCGCCGGAGUCCGCCGCAGGGUUGGGCGCACGGCUGCCGUGGCCGCUUAGGCUGGGGCCCUCGGCGCCCUUGCCCUUGGCCGUGCCGCCUGGAGGCGCCGGGACGCUGCCUGGCGCCGGCGGCCCGGGCCCCCAGCGGCGCACGCGGCGCCACCGCACCAUCUUCAGCGAAGAGCAGCUGCAGGCGCUGGAGGCGCUGUUCGUGCAGAACCAGUACCCCGACGUGGGCACGCGCGAGCGCCUGGCCGGCCGCAUCCGCCUGCGGGAGGAGCGCGUGGAGGUCUGGUUCAAGAACCGCCGGGCUAAGUGGCGACACCAGAAGCGCGCGUCAGCGUCCAUGAGGCUCCUGCCGGGAGCCAAGAAACCCCCUAAGGAGAGCUGCUGAUGACUCUGGGAGGUACUCCUGGGCUUGGCCGCGUCCUUCGGGGCGGGCUCAGAGAGUGAACAGUCCUACGCGAAAAGGAGCUGAUGCCACCUGCCCC